AUGGAAAAGAUGUUCUUGAUCGUGAGGGGAGUUGUGGCAGUGACAAACGAGUACUGGACACAAUACCGCAGUGAAGCAUAUAACGUUCAAAUCACAGCCAUCAGUGAAGUUGAAGUUCUGGUUCUUAUGGCCAACGACUUGGCUAGGGUUCAGCCUCGUCGAAUUCAUAGUAAAACCUUUCUUCUAAGAAACCGAAGUCUGCAAGUCGGAUUGAAUUAA